UCUAGUUUCAGACCAUACUAGUACAUUAAUCGACUUCUCCUCAAAUCGAGCCAGUCACGCUUAACUGAUACAGAAAAAUGGAGCUGCCAUGGCUGCUCAUGCCGUCUUUUAUCCUUUUGCUGAAUGGAGUUGAAUUGUGCCUUGCAGAUAACGCCAAACGCUGGCAGUCAUUCAUCAGGAAGAUCACAGAAGCCACAAAUAAUUACCAGCCAUGCAGUCAGGAGAACUGCAGCUGUCAUCUCAGUGUCCUGAAAGAUGACCUUAGGCCAUUUAAAAACGGCAUGUCUGAGGGGUUGAUGGCAGACACAGUCCACAGAGGUGUUGGUACGCACUACCAGAUCAUCGGGAACAAAUUGUACAGAGAACAAAGCUGCAUGUUUCCAGCAAGAUGCAGUGGUGUCGAGCAUUUCAUCCUAAAAGUGGUUAACCGGUUGCCAGAUUUGGAGGUGGUGAUUAAUGUGCGCGACUAUCCACAGGUUCCUGGAUGGGUUCAGCCAGUCUUGCCUGUACUUUCUUUCAGUAAGACGGCAGACUACCAGGACAUCAUGUAUCCUGCAUGGACGUUUUGGGAGGGAGGUCCUGCUGUAUGGCCCAUUUAUCCCACUGGACUGGGCCGAUGGGACCUCAUGAGGGAUGACCUGAAAACAUCAGCUGCUCGAUGGCCCUGGAAGAAAGACACUCUGGGUAGACCCCCAGCCAAAGAAAUCCCUCUAGUUGACCACUGUGAAUACAAAUACCUUUUUAACUUCAGAGGUGUGGCUGCUAGCUUUCGUUUGAAGCAUCUUUUCCUGUGUGGAUCCCUGGUUUUUCAUGUCGGCGAGGACUGGCUUGAGUUCUUCUACCCUCAGCUCAAGCCCUGGGUUCACUACAUUCCUGUCAAACAGGACUUGUCUGAUCUGAGAGAGCUGCUUCAGUUUGUGAAAGAAAAUGAUGCUGUAGCAGAAGAAAUUGCUGUGAGGGGCCAGAGCUUUAUUCUGAAUCAUCUCCGUAUGGAGGAUGUGUCUUGUUACUGGGAGAGGCUCCUCACUGACUUCAGCAAGCUGCUCAAAUACAAACCCAAGAGAAAAUCUAAUUACAAUCAGAUCAUCCACAGAGCCAGCAGAUCUGAACUCUGACCUGAGGAAAUCAUAAUGGGGGAGACCAUCCUCCUUUUUGUCUGCCUUUAUUCUUGCUCUUCAUUCUGUUGCUCUUUAAACUGAUCUUAACAAGCUGAAAAUAGCGUUUAAAGCCAGCUCUGUGUGGUUAAUCUAGUGAAUCCUGCCAAAUGUCUCUUAAGACUGUCUAUAUUGCUUCAAAGGAAUGUUUUAAAAUCAGUUAAGUUAAAAUAUAGUGAUCUGCCUAAUUAUAAAAGAGACCUGUCCAGACCCUCAUCCUCUGGAUGUCAGAAAUAUUACACAGCUAUAAUAUGCUUGGUGUCUCCAUAGCAUUCAUCAGUCUCAUCACAAGUUCUUAAGGUCAUAAGAAGUCAGUUUGAAGUGGGGUGUUAAAUCUGAUGCAGGUGUAGCACAAUGCAAAAAUAAUUGAUUGUGAAACAACAUAACAGUCAACGACCUGCCAAAAAUGUUUCCUUAAAAUUGUAUGGCUUCAUGGUCUUAGUGGAAUUGUUACUGUUUAAGCAACACUUUUUUAUUUCUCCUCUUGAGGUUGUAGACAUUUUUCCAUUGCAGAUUUAUGGGGUAAUUUCAGUUGAAUAGUUAGGACUAGUUAUUUAAAGUGUCAAAACUGAAGCCAGUUCAAAUGAAUCCUGUCAUCUAGGCCAUAAGACCACAUUCAAUACAUUUGUUACAUGAAAUAAUGUCAGUAGAUUACUUUGAUCAAGUGUAGAAUUACUUUUUGUUGUAAAAUAUAAUUUCUGGAUCCAAAUUAUGAUUAGUGAUUUUGGAUGAACUCACCAUUUUGAACAUGUCUUCUAUGUCACUAUCAAUGGAACAAUACCAGCAAAACCUCAGUAAAACAGUGUUAGUAGUAAAGUAUUGAUGACGUUACUUUUGGUUCCACACUUAAGUGCCACUAGAGGAUCAUUUGAAUGUAAGCAUAGCUGAAUGAUACUGAGAUGUUGAAUAUGUUCUAGUAUUCCAGUAGAUAAUUGUCACCGUGUCUGUAGAUUUAAAGUUUUCUCAGUCAUUUUUAUGACCUCAAACUAGUUAGUUGUUUUAAUAAAGGUAAUCAUGAACAAUAAAAGCUGUUUUUUAAA